AUGAGCAUUCCUGGGGUGCUUUAUGCCUGUCACUUUUACAUAAGGCACUUCACAGAAGGGAUACCACAGCACCAUUGCCGGAUCCAGAACCAGACAAGUGCUGAGUCUCUUUUCUCAAGAGAUGGAAGGCAUGGGGACCUGCUCAGAGUGUCCAUUCCCAUGGAUAAGGCUGGGAAGCCAGAGAUGUGCCUCAGGUUCACUGAGCCUCAGUGGCAGCUCCUGAAUGCAAAUGUCACAGAGGAAGCAAGACUGGCCACUGAGGACUGCCUGGAUGGAUGGGUCUAUGACAAGAGUGUCUUCCUCUCUACCAUUGUCACUGAGUGGGAUCUGGUUUGUGGACAGAAGUUACUAAAAUCAACUGCUCUCAUAAUGCUCUCAGCAGGACAGCUGGCAGGCAGUCUUGUGUUUGGGAUACUCUCUGACAGGUUUGGGAGGAGGACAAUACUGAUGUGCACCACACUGAUGGUCACCAUUACUGGUACCUGUGCAGCCUUUGUGCCCACUUUUGCUGCCUAUGCCAUACUUCGAUUCCUCACUGCUGCUGCAUUAAUAGGUGCCAACAUAACCAAAAACUGCCUGACUUUAGAGUGGACGCCUAUUGAGAGAAGAGUCCUGGUGAAUGCUUCUAAUGUAUACGCCUACUCUCUGGGACAGAUCCUCCUGGCUGCAUGGGCCUAUCUGGUUCGAGAUUGGCGCUGGCUCCAGUUUUCCACUUCAGUCUCAUAUGGGAUCAUUUUUCUUUUCUCCAUGGCCCUCCCAGAAUCUGCUCGUUGGCUAAUCAGCCACAACAAACUCCACAUGGCUGUGAAGACCCUACAGAAGGUGGCAUGGAUAAAUGGCCAGAAGGAAGAAGGGAGGAAGCUCACUCCAGAUGGAAUAAUGUCCCACAUUCAGGAAGAUCUUGAAACUGUAAAGUCAACUUCUCAUUUCAGAGACCUUUUCCAGACUCCAGGAAUAUGCAAGAUCUCAUUGUGUAUUGUGUCUUUAUGGUUUACCACUGGAUUCUCUGUGUAUGGAAUACUUUUGGACUUCCAGAAAUUUGGCAUCACGAUUUAUUUGGUCCAAGUGCUGUUUGCAAUCAUAGAUCUCCCAGUCAAGCUGCUAGUAUCUAUUAGCAUGUCCUAUCUGGGACGACGCUUCACCUUAAUUUUCCUUGAAAUUUUCUCUGGAUUCGUGAUCAUCAUUGACAUAUUUGUGCCUCAAGAUAUGACUGUUCUUAGGAUGAUACUUGCUGUGCUUGGAAAAGGAAGCCUUGCAGGUGCCCUUUCAUGUCUUCUCCUUUACACAUUGGAACUCUACCCAACUGAAAUCAGGCAGAUGGGAAUGAGUGUUGGUAAUACUGCUAUGAUCACUGGAAACCUGUUUUCUUCUAUUUUCCACAUAACUGGCCACUAUAUCCCUAUUCUGCCAUCUGUGGUGUCUGCAAUGGUGCCUAUCCUUUCUGCUAUUGCUGCCUCCUUCCUAUUUGAAACCAAUGGCCUGCAACUUCUGGAGACCAUCCAGGAGACAGAGAAUAGGGUGAAGAGACCUCAGUCUCAGAAAGGAAAUGUCAGUGAAGAUGUACAGGAGCAGCCAACUUUGCUUCUCGCAGAAAUGACACAAGCUGAAGAUUCAGUUUGA